AUGGUACAACGAUGGAGUAUUGCAUUGUCGGCCUAUUCCUACGACAUUCAUCAUCGCAGCGCGCAGUCCAUUCCACAUGCAGACUAUCUAUUACGCUACGCCAUUUCAGAGGAGGUUUCCACGGCUGACUGUCCACUCACUCAACCGUUCUCGGUAAGUCGAUUCGAUCUAGUUCGCGAGACCAGGAAAUAUUACCACGCUAUCAUUUCCUGUGUCCGUCGAGGUUGGCGAGGUAACAUCAAGCGUCGAUUUCCGGAAUUCUAUAAACGUCGUGAGACAAUUUCUGUGACGUGUGAUGAUGUCUUGUGCUACAAUUAUCGCAUUAUCGUACCUCUGACAUUACGUACUGCUGUUCUCAAUGACUUAAAUUCCGGUCAUCUUGGCACUGAAAAGAUGAAAUCUCUUGCCCGUCUCACAUUCUGGUGGCCUGAAAUGAAUCAUGAUCUGAAUCGUGUUGCAAACUCCUGUGUCGAUUAUGUGUACAAAACUCAGAGGCAGCCUUCGAAACGGACUCCGUGGCCAGUAUCUUCCAACUCAUGGCAAAGAAUACAUGUGGAUUACUGUGGUCCAUUCUUUCGCAUUGGUGAACGUCGAUUCCUAUUCCCGUUGACCAGAAGUUUACUUUAUCACAACUCCCUGUUCAGAAUUUAG